AAUAUUUCUGCAAAAGUGUAAAUAAAAAAGUGAAAGAAAACAUGGAUCAGGACAAAGCAGAGCAGGAGCCAGAUGCUGGCUCGGGCUCGUCCAACGAGGAUACCGACGAGGAUGUGGACAUUGAGGAUAUUGAGGAGAGUCCACGUGGACGCAAGAGUGUUAGCGCCAUUAUAGCCGAAAUGGCCAUACGGAACGAGCAGGAGGCGGCCAACAGCAGCAGCAAUGCGCGCACCCAAAAGGAAGACGAUCAAAAGCGAAUGGAGUUAGCUCGUCUCUCACCGGCUGCCAUGGCCGCCUACAUACGUGAGCUGGAGGCGGAACUGUACGAGCUGAGCCAGCGGGAGGCGCGGGAGCUGUCGCGCAGCAAACACCUGCGCAUCUUUGGCAACAAUCGCAGGCGCUCCAGCAAGUGAGCAGAGCGGCCAGUAGGGGAUUACCGCUGCCUUAUACGCUCGUAUAUCAAAUAAAUGACCAUCGAUUGAAUGAAAGUAAA